AAAAAAAUAUUGAAUCAAACAUAUACCAAUUUAAAAAUAAAAUUUACGUCUGACUGUGAUAAUAAUUGAAAACAAAAAAAGGAGAAAUUUAACGCAAAUGGUUGAAGUAUAGUUUUACUUAAAUAAUAACAACAAAAAUAAUAAAAAAUAAAAUAGAACAACAAAAUAAGUCAAGAGUGUAAGAGAGAAAGAGAGUGAGAGAAGGAGAGAUACAAAAAAAAAACAAGAAAAAAUAACACGUACCGAAAGUUCAGGAGUAGGUAAUUAUGUAAAUAACGCAUAGACACUAGUAAUAGAAUUUAAUUUAAAAAAAAAGGAACACUUGAAACAAAAGCAAAAGAAAAAAAUAGAAAGAGAAAAAAACCGAAUUUCGAAACAAGUACUACUAGAAUUUGCAUAAGUUUGCAUGGACAUUUUCUAUUUUGUUUUGUGUGAUAAAAAAGACUGUUAUCAUCGUCUGAGCACGAUAUUCUUUCAGUCGUAAAGUGUGUUUAAAUUUUAUUUCAUCGGAAUUGUUGCUGCAUAGUCGUUGACACAGUGGUGGUGCAUUUCAUUUGAAUUCGAUUUAAAAAAAAAAAUCACGACUAUCGUACUUAGUUAUACUACGUACCUCAUCUAUCUGAAAAUCCACGUGAACAUCGCGAUAAAUAUAUACAUACAUACGCAUAGCGCAUAAGGAAUAAAUUUAGUAGAGAAAAAAAAUCGCCAUUUUCAACGACAAAUGCUCUAAACUCUGUUUGCAAUAAAAAGAAAGAAGAUAACAAUUCGAAAUCAAAACUCAAUUGACAGUAUUUAAAGCGAAAAUCAAUUUCGAUUGAACAAAUAAAAGAACAACAAAAUUUAAAUAACAAUAAAAAAAAAUACCGCGCCCCGAAACCACUCAUCAUCGCGUUUCUGAAUAAAUUUUGUGUGGCAAAUUCAAUUCGUGUAAAUUUUAUGUGUUUCGACCUGACAGCGAAUCACGCCGAAUCGAAACAAUCAAGAAUUUAAUUGAACUGCCAUUGUUUAGUUGAUAAUGGCAAAUAGCGCCACCGGAAGCCAAAAUAAUUUGUCGAAUUCGAAGGAAAAACUAUACCCGAGUCAUUCGGAUAACGAAAACGAUGACGAUCAUAAAUCGGAACACUCAAACGACCCAAAAUCAGUUCAGGAUGCUGAAUCUUAUAUGAGAUACGCGACAUUGAUUGAAGAAUAUUCACAUCUGAACACUAAAGACAUUUUGAUUUUUCGUGGCGGUAAAGACUCGUCCAAGCCCGAAAUCAUACGCUAUCCUCGCGAAUUUUUGCUCGAUUUAAGAGAUUCCGAACUCUCAAAGCGUAAACCAGAACAACUUGGUCGCGCCUGGGUUCGCAUUGGUGUAUCAAACGAAGAUCGAGAAAAUCGUGGUAGAGAUGAUAACGAGUGUACUUCAAACUAUUCAUCAAAUACUUCCUUGACAAAUACAACGUCUUCGUCGUAUUUAUUGCCAUCAUUUGCAUGUAAACGUCGCACUCCAGGCACAUCGCAAUCGUCUAGCACUGAAAUUAAACGAAGCAGUGCAUUAACGCCCAAGAAAGAAGACCCAUCAGCUGCACUUGCUGCCCGACGUAGUAUAUCGAAUAGUAGAAACUCGAACGGUGCCGAAGAUGAAGAUCAACGGUCUGGCGAUCGAUCCAUGUUCAUGCGUCGUCAAACUGAGUAUAGAAAUGCAAAUGAGAGUCGUCGAAUCGGUAGCGGACGAAUUCCAUUGCGAGACUCAUGGGACGAUCCAAAAUACAGUCGACCAAAUGAUUUUCCAUCAAAAUCAACUGGUGGUGAUCAGUCUUCGUCUCCAACAAAUUCUGCAUCGGCAUCGGCAUCGGCAUCGUCAUCGACAGCCACACCAACAACUACAACAGCAGCAACUAAAACUGAACCCAGCAAAACAAAUGACACUACAUCAAAUGAUUUCAAUCUGCGUCCAGGCGGUGGCCUUUUGGGCUUGCGAGAUCGUCAACGUGAAAAUGAACAACAGCAAUCGCAAUCAUCGAUCGUAACACAGCCGCAUGCACAUUUAUCACGAACAAUUUUGGGCAAUAAUAGCAUUUUGGACAAAGAUAGUCGUAAUGAUUUCCGUGAGCGCAGCGUUCUUGACGAUCGAUAUGACCGCAAUGAUCGACUUGAUCGAAAUGAUAGAUUGGAUCGUAUGGAGAGAAUGGAUCGCAAUAGAAAUGAUGACCGUGGCGAUAGAAAUGAUCGUAACGAUCGUGGUGAUCGUCGAUUCAAUCGUGAUCGAGAUUUUGGACGUAGAUACAACGAUGAUGUGAUGCCGCGUAAUUCAAUGUCGCGAUACAACCAUAGCGAUCGAAUGAAUUCAUUUUCGCAGUACAAUUUUAGUAGCAAUGAUAAUCGUGGUCGUCGUCAGUAUAAUGAUCGAAAUGCUGAAGAGCCAGAAUGGUUUAGCGGUGGUCCAACCUCACAAAAUGACACAAUCGAGUUGCGUGGCUUUGAAGAGUACCCGGCACGAAAUGAAUCGCCAACAUCACGUAACAGUGUCGAUGCAGAUGAGGAGAAAGCAACGCCAGAUUAUGAUAGCGAUGCUGAAAAACCGAAUAAAGAAAAUGACAAAUCAAACGAUAAUAAUAAUAAUGAUAAGGGGAGCAACGACGAAAGUGGUGGUCAUCGUGAGGCAAACAAUGAAAAAUCAAAUGACUAUGAACCAGAAGAUAUUGAAGUGGCCAACGCCGAACCGAAACAGAACAAAAAAGAUGAUAAUUUUAAUAUUGAAGACUUUUUGAAGGUUGAAAAUAUUACAGAUUUCUUAACGGGUGAUGAUGAUGCAUUCAUUGAGGCUAGCUCAGGUGAAUCAAGAUUUAGCCGAUGGUUCCGAUCCAGUGCUGAAGAAACAAAACCAAAUCAAACAUCAGCACCUGAAAAAAUGCCACCCGAGCCAAGUCAUAAUGUGAACGGUGAAACGCAUCCGUUUGUGCAUUUUGAAAUGUUGCGAGGAAAUGAAGGUGAAACAAAUGCACCACCACAAAAUAGUUUUCUCGAAUUUUUGCAACGCGGAAAAUUUUCGGCAAAUAUGCAAAAAGGUCCACCAGUGCCACUACCAUCACUCGGAAUGCCAAUGCCACCACAUCAGAUGAUGGAAAAUAAUAAUAUGCAACAAAAUGAUUUUCAACAACAAUCACAACAACCACCACAAAUGGCACAUCAACCAAUGAUGACCAAUCAUGGACCACUUAGCGUCGAAGAAUUGGAGGCUCGACUCCGUCAAUCUGGCCCAUCAAAUAGCAAUUCAUCAAAUAAUAUACCAAACGAUGUGUCGACGAUGAAAAAUUCACAACAACAAGAUAUGAUUGCAUUUAAAAAACUGUUACAACAAAUCAGCGGAGAUCAACAGCAACCAUCUCCACCACUACAGCAACCACAUCAACAACCGAAAAUGUUUCCAUUUGGACCGGUUCCACCACCACAGGCACAAAAUCAACAACCACGUCAAUUAAUUCCGCAUCCAGAAACUGUUAAGAAAAUGCUUUUGGGCGGCAGUAUACCGUCAGCUUUACAAGCUCCGCUUGUCUCUCCGCAACAACGUAUGGAGAUUUUAAAACGGCCAGAGACUCAAGUUUUAAUUCAAAGAUUAAGCAAUGGUGACCUGAAUCAAGGAUUUUUGAUACAGCAGUUGAAUAAUCCGCAAGUGAAUCUACGUGACCGUGAAAUAUUGUUCGAAGUUUUGAGCCAUUUCAAUUCAGGCGGUAAUGGUGUUGCCACUGCACAACAGUUACCACCCGAAAGUAAUAUGCCAUCACAUCCAGUUUUGCCAGGCAAUUUGGCAGUUCCAAAUGCGAAUAUACCGCCAAAUAUGCAAACGCCAAACAAUGCAGCUCUUUCGCCAGACAUGCUGCGUCAAUUGUAUUUGCAAGCAGCUGUCACUGGAUCGAAGCAACAAUUGCGAAUUUCACCAUUACCAAAUGGUAUUCCACAACGCAUUCCUUCACCACGUGAGCUUCAAUUCCACACGCAAUCGAUCAUGCAAAAUGCUCUGAUCAAAAAGAAACUUGAAGAGCAACGGGAAAACUUCCGAAAACGUCAGGAGCAACAACAACAACAACAGCAACCACACAUAAAUCAAUCGAAUCUCGCAAGCAAUAGCAAUGGCAUUCUUGAAAAUAUGCACGAAAGCUCAAUGAAUAAUCAGCAAAUGAAUCGUGGUGUUUCACCAAAUUCGAGUGCUGCCCUGAAACAAAUGAGCCAAAAUCAGCAUACAUCGUCACCAACUCCUACGCUUGCAUUUACUCCAACAUCUGUAUUACGUAAAAUGACUGCCGAAAAAGACAUGGAUAAUUCAGCAAAUUUGUCCAAUGCAGCCAACAUCAAUAAUAAAGACAUCAAUAAGCAGCAACAGCAACACAAUAUGUUCCGCAUGCAACAGAAUGUGCCCAUUCAAGGGAUGCAAGGUUUGCAAAUGCAGGGCAUUCAAGCAAUGCCAGAUGUAAGCAUGCAAAGAUUGCUACAAAAAUUACCAAUAAAUAACCAGCAGCAACUUCUCGCCCAACAAAAAGGUCGUCCAAUUGUUAAAGGCAACGGAAUAUCAAAUCAAUUUCCAACAAAUGAAUAUCCACAAGCGUUUUUGAUGGGAGCAAAUAGUAAUAGCACCAGACCACCGCAAUUCAAUCUCGAACAACAGAGACAACAGCAAUUCCAACAGUUUCAGCAAGCUCAACAAGCGCAACAGUUUCAUCAUAUGAUGCAACAACAUCAACAAAUGAUGGGCGGACCACCGAUGAUGGUUCAUAAUGAGGUGCAACAACAACAACAACGAAGCAAUGGAGAUGGAACACUCUCGCCUACUAGCAAUCAACUGGCUCGAUGGUUUUCACCAGAACUUUUAGCUCAAGCCUCUGCCGGUAAGCUACCAUCCUUGGAUGCAACACAAGCUCUCAGUUUGGAGGAAUUCGAACGGAACAUGCAUUCAUCCACAACCGUGAACAAUUAAAACACAAAUCAGAAACAAAAGAGAAGAACAAGAAUGAAACAAAAAAAUAAAUGAAUAAAAAUAAAAUACGUGAAGAAAAAUAAAUAC